UUGUACUUUAUCAAACCGUGUAGUCGCAGAACAAUCAAGGGCGAUGACGACGGUAGGCGUGGAUUCGGCGUAUAACAAUGUGGCACAGCCCAUGAGGAUCCCCAGUUAUUCAUACCAAUAUCCCUCCCAUCGUAAAGUACAGUUAGCAGCUGUUAAAGAUGGCCUCUUCCACCCCAAUCUUCCCAGUUUCCGCAGAAUGGAUAUGGAUACUGCCGGACACAAGCUUCCGUACGAGCAUUGCCGUACUACCACAACCUGUGGCCCAGAGGAUUUUAAGAGAUCCACGUCAACGCUGUUUGAUCCCCCCAAAAAACAAAUGUCCAGUCUGGAAAUCACACAAACAGGAAAACAGCUACACAGACACUACACAACGCCCGACGAGCUGAAGAAAGCCAAAGAGGAAUGGUCAGAUUUCCUGAACAGAUCCCCAGAACGUUUUAACAUUAAACUGCCCGAACUUCCGGACAGCAAAGAUCAGAGGUUUUUGGGAUACUCUGUACGGUACCUCAGACCUGAGAUCACGAAAUCCUGGAGGUACACCUUAAAACAGGAGCCAACUCUGGACCAGUACGGACAGCGGCCAAUGCCUGCUAACGUUUUUGCCCGAUACAGGGAUACUUACCCACAGUACAGUAGAAACAUCUCUUCAGAGGCGUGGAGAUAAUCACCAAACCAGUGUUUCAAACGGAGAUAAUAAUUUAGAAAAUUUGUAACAAAAAAUAUCGAGGACCAACCAUCAGUUUUGUUACAAACAUUUUGAUCAGUUAAAAUCGUCAACACAUGAAGUAGUCAUUGCUCAAAUUUUUGUCGCUGUACACUUGUUAAACCGGAUCUGGAAACACGAGUAUAAUAGACAAAACCGUCAGGGCGGAUUUGUGGAUCCGGAUUUACUCUGAAGUAUUUUCUGAUAAGCCCAUAUCAGUAUUCCUUGUUACAUUUUUUGUUCCAUUUUUAUCAUAGUUUAUAUAGAUAAAGACUAUUUCUAUAGUUGUUUACAACAAUUGUCCUUUGUGAUAUUUAUACCUUAAAAUACUAUUUAUACAAAGCGUGUUAUUCUUAUAUGUAAAUUAGGUCAGAGUGAGGAGCUUUAUGAAAAUAUAAUAGUAG